UGUCCCGCGGCAGCGGUGGCGGCUCAGCGCCGCGUCCCAGCGUGGCCUGUGGCGGAGCCGGUCGGGAGUUUUGCCGGGGCAGCGGGGCCGGGCCGGAGGGCAGGUGUGAUCCCUGCCUCUCCUCCCCAGCCUGGUGCCAUGGCUGACACGAUUUUUGGCAGUGGGAUGGGCCAGUGGGUGUGCCCCAACGACCGGCAGCUGGCCCUGCGUGCCAAGCUCCAGACAGGCUGGUCGGUGCACACGUUCCAGACUGAGAAGCAGAGGAAGAUGCAGGCUCUGAGCCCGCAGGAACUUGAGGUCAUUCUGGAAGUCAUCCGCAAGGCGGAGAAAUUGGACAUCAUUGAGCAGCAGCGCAUCGGGCGCCUGGUAGAACGGCUGGAGAACAUGAGAGAGAACGCGAUGGGGAACGGCCUCUCACAAUGUCUGCUCUGUGGUGAACUGCUCGGGCUGCUGGGUAGCACAUCAGUCUUUUGUCAGGAUUGCAAAAAGAAAGUUUGCACCAAGUGUGGAAUAGAAACCUUUGGAGCCCAGAAACGUCCUCUUUGGUUGUGCAAGAUCUGCAGUGAACAGAGAGAGUGGUUUCUAGUGACAGUGACUCAGAGCUCAGUUCUUCCAGCUUGGAUGACAAGCCCUUACCUGCAGAGUCAAAAGUCUCACAAGGCAGAAGGCAUCGAGCAGAACUGGCAUCCAUUGGGAAACCAAGCCAGGCCGUGGGCAGGAGGCUGGGGAGCACCCACUCCCCUACCCUCUCGGGGAGCCACAGCAGCCUGGGCAGCGAGCAGGGGGCUGCCCUCAGUGCCACGGAGAGCUGUCAGAGUGACCAGGCAGCGGACGGGCGCGACAGUGAUGUUGGGAGCAGAGUUUCUGGCAAAUGGUGCAUCCACACCAGAAAGCGAUGCUGACAGAGAUGAAGAUGGAGCUGCUUUGCCUGGAUCCAACGCUCUCCCCUUGCCCACUCCUGUAGACCUCACUCCAAACAAUGACUGCUGCUGGUGGUGACUUUAUGAUCCUGGCUCUUGCACAGGCGUUAGCAACAUGAUGGCACCUGGGAAAGCACCUGUCUGUCCUCCCUGCCUCACUGACUUGGUUUAUGGUUUGGUCUGGUUUCCCCUUCUGCUGACUGAUACGCACUUCGGGGAGCUGCUCGGAGAGGGGUGCCAUGCUGUGUGGUGCUGCUGUGGGGUCCAGACCCAUGUGUGUUGGAAGAGGCACACAAAGUGCUUUCUGGAGCUGAAGAAAUGUGUGCUGCCUCUGCUGUUCCUAGCUUGCCAAGCCUAGCCCUGGGUUCAGCUCCUUGCCUUGCCGUCCUGGCGUUGCAGUCUUCAGGAGAAAGGGAAAUUCACCCCUAUGUCCCUGAAAUGGAGUGUGGGGAGACUGCAGCCCUUCUACUGCUUCUCAGCCCAGGGGUGUAUUUCUCUCUGUGAAUCCCAAGGGUGAGACUGGGCCUCCGAUCUGCAUUUGACUCCCACAGGCCCAGGUUAUCACCACUUGUGUUUCUUGUCAUCGUUGUUCUGGCUUGAGUUGGUAUGAGUUCGGUGGGGGCAUCCUGAAGCAGCUGGCGAAGGUGUGCUCUCUUUUACUUCCACUGAGGUCUUUCUCUGUGAUAGGGCUGUCUGCUCAGGGAGACACUUCAGUUAGUAAAGAAACACUCAAAGAGGUUUGCUAGGAAUUUUUCAGUUCUCCUGGCUGUGCACUGGCCUAUGUGUCCUGUGGUGAGGGUGAUGCUUUGGCAGUGGGAUCAUGGGCAGUGUGUGUGUGCUGGGAGAAUGCCCACCACCCCACAGCCCAGCUGGAUGUGUACCCAAAUUGAAUAAAAGCUUUCAGAUCACUUUAUCUUGUUAAGCUCUGCAGAUUCUCCUCCCACAUGCACACCUUGUCAUCUCUUGCAUGAGCGGGGGCCUUUGUUUUACCUUUUUCCUGCAAGUCUUGAGCCAUCUGGCUGUCUGUGAUGGUGUCAUCACAAGUCAGGCUGUAGAAAGCUGUGUGCCCAGGUUCUGCUUAUUCUCUGGGAUGGGCAAUUUCCCCCCAAGGCCUGACAGAUGAGAAAAAUCAAAUUACCUGACAUCUCCAGAGCAAUUAGGUAUUUGAAGGCCUGAACGAAACCCACAUUAGGCAAGUAGGAGUCUGGAUUUUAUUAAAUGCUUUGGAUCUGACCCAACUUUUGCUGAAGAAACAAAUGAUUCCAAAAAGUUCCCUCUGAAAUCCUGGGUUUAAAGACAAUUUGUGCCUGUUGAUGUCAGCCUUUUCCUUUGGUUAUUACUCUUUUCUUCCGAUCUCCUUUGCUGCUGGGCGCUUUGUGAGCAUGUAGAAUAUGCUUUUACAAAUGGCUGCAGUAUGAAGAUAAAUGAGAUUGGGCGCUGGAAUGCUCUAACAGGAGAUCGGAAAUCAAUCCUUGACUUUCUUCCUAAAUGAACAUGGUCCAACAGAGGACUGUUCCCUUACUGCUUUUCCAGCCAACGCGCUAUGGCAAAUUGCUGGGAAAAUCCUUCCAGCUCUUCCUCUGUGAUCUGUUUCUGCCCUUUUAAAAAUAAAAACAAAACCUUUGGAUGAUGUGGGCUCUUUGAGAUGGCAUAAAGAGAAACCACUGAACGUGGGCUUUACAACACUGUUGUUGAAGAGAACAAGGAAUGAGGUUGUUCUCCACUGCGUGAUGCUUUAUGUCGUGGUCUGUGUUGUUUAAACCCGGGCAUUGAGACUUGACCAGCUGCAUCUCUGAAAGGGGUAAUGCCAAAAUUAUUAGCCAUUUCUGAAAAAGUAAACCCAAAAAUCAGCUUUUGCUGAAACUUCAGUAUGAUUUCAGAGCUGAAGCCAUGCUGUUUCUUCCGAGGGUCUUAAAUUGCAGAAGGUGUUUUGCCACCGAAAAAGUCCUGUUCUUGCCUUGGAGUUUUUGACAGGCUUACUGAGGCUGUCUUGCUCAUGCUGUCAUUACUGCAGUGCCUCAGACAGCCUGGACGGCCAGGCUAAGUUAAUUCUCUAGAAGAAGAAGGAAAAAGACACUUAAAAAUUGACUCAGUUUUCUUUAAACCUGUUACUUUCUCAUUAAGAACUCUACUGAGUUCAAAAGAGUUUUUAAAAUUGAGCAUGUCAUUUUUAACUCCUCUUGUGUUUCUUGUUCUUCAUUCCUGGGCAGUGCAGGCAGGUCAGUCGUGUUUUCACCCCCACUCUCGCUUCCCACAGCAACUUACCACACUGUGGGUUGCCAGCUCUGCACAGGAAUCUUGUAAUCCUUGAUGGCUUACUCUGCCACUUUGAGGCAUGAGUUUGAUUUUUAAUUGAGACAGGGUUUUAUAAAACACUCUCACAGAUAAGUUUGGGACUGCUCUUGUACCAAUGAGACUGGAAACUCCUUUCUUACCUCUAUAUUUUACCUCUGUGGAGUAAUUCUACCUGAGCUUGAACCAGAACUGUUCCAUCAUCUAUGGAAAGACUCCUCUUGGGUUGAGGGAAGGAUCUAGCCCAGGACAAUGUGAUCUAGCGACAUGUGAACACGAUAGAGGAACAUCCGCAGUUCUGUGCACAUGUUUUCUAUUAAAGACCACUUUUCCCUUU